GCGGGAAUCGUUGCAGGGAAAGAUCAUGGAUGAAGGGUUUCCUCUUCCUGGGAUUCCUGAUGGCGGUUUCAUGUGUCCCGAUGAGGGGAAUGAAAUCCUACGACAACUAUUCCGUCCUCCGAGUGAUUCCUCACGAUAGAGAGUCCCUUGUUGAGAUGCACAAAUUCGAACUCUCCCACCCCGAACUUGAUUUCUGGAAGAAGUCGUCGAUGGUGGAUAUGCCUGUGGACAUCAUGGUCAGUCCUGGGGAAAAGUCUCGUAUUCUUGAGGAACUCCACCAGGCCGGUUUCCAUCCCGGAGUCAUCAUCCCCAAUGUUCAAAGCCUGAUCGAAGACCAGAAGUUGGCGCCAAAGGGAAGCAGAAUGGCUUGGGAUGCCUACCAAUCUGUGGACUCGAUAUACGAAUGGCUGGACACCCUCCCCUCCUUGUAUCCGGGCAUCGUUUCUCAGCAGACCAUUGGAACCUCGUAUAUGGGCAUGGACCUCAAGCUCGUCAGAUUCAAUAAAAACCCCGGACAGCAGAAAAUGGCAGCCUUCAUCGAUGCGAACAUCCACGCGAGGGAAUGGAUCACGUCGGCCACUUUAACUUGGAUCAUGAACGAACUCCUCACGAAUCCCGCCUAUGAGAGAAUCCUGGAUGAAUACGAUCUCCACUUCUUCCCCGUCUUCAAUCCUGACGGCUUGGAGUGGUCCCAAACUAAUGACCGGCUCUGGAGGAAGACGAGGAGCGACCAUGGAACCACAUGCCGUGGAGUCGAUGGGAACCGCAACUUCGGGUUUCAUUGGAAUGAGGGAGGAUCCAGCAGUAACAGCUGUGCAGAGACCUACCAUGGACCGAAUUCAUUCAGCGAAACGGAAACGUCUGCGAUGGCUGAGUAUAUUGAGAGCAAUAUGGCCGAAUUUGACUUCAAACUGUAUCUCAACGUUCAUUCCUACUCUCAGCUCGUUCUCCUCCCCUGGGGGUACACAAAUACUCACCCGUCGGACUACACCGAUCUCAUUGACGUGGCACAUAUCAUGGAGAGUGCCCUCGAGGAACGAUAUAACACACAAUACACAUCAGGAAGCGUUCCAGAUGUCCUUUACAUUGCCAGUGGCGGAACGUUUGACUGGACUAAGGGGGCGGCCGGCAUCAAGUAUUCCUAUGGCAUUGAGCUGAGAGACAGGGGAACAUGGGGAUUCCUCCUUCCCCCGAGUCAGAUCAUUCCGUCCGGAGAGGAAACCCUCGACGGUAUCGUUGCCUUGCUCGACGCCAUUUACGAAUGGCUGGACACCCUCCAAUCCUUGUAUCCGGACAUCGUUACUCAGCAGACCAUCGGAUCAUCGUAUCUGGACAAGGACCUCAAGCUCAUCCGAUUCAAUAAGAAUUCAGGACAACCGAAAAUGGCAGCCUUCAUCGAUGCGAGGAAUUUUCUCGUCUCGCAUGCAGACAUCCACGCGAGGGAAUGGAUCACGUCAGCAGCCCUGACUUGGAUCAUGAACGAACUCCUCACAAAUCCCACCUAUGAGAGAAUCCUGGAUGAAUACGAUCUCCAUUUCCUCCCCGUUGUGAACCCUGACGGCUUGGAAUACACUCAAACUGAUCUGUCAAUGCCAAGAAUGCUUUGUCGAGGAUCGGCUGUGUCCACGCGUUUCGUUUUGUCUGUGGUUGCAGAGGGCGGAUCGAGCAACGACAAGUGUUCGGAGGUUUACCAUGGACCGAAUCCAUUCAGCGAUGUGGAGACGAUAGCAUUGUCAGAUUACAUAUUGGAAAAUAUGCCCCGAGUGGACUUCAAACUCUAUCUGAGCAUCCAUUCCUUCUCUCAGUUGAUUCUCCUCCCGUGGGGAUUCACAGAGACCCAUCCGGACGACUACGAGGAACUCGUGAACAUAGCCAGCGGCGGGUCGAUCGACUGGACGAAGGGGGAUGCCGGCAUCAAAUAUUCGUAUGCCUUCGAACUGAGAGACACGGGAUUCUGGGGAUUCCUCCUUCCCGCCGAUCAGAUCGUUCCGUCCGGUGAAGAGACGCUCGACGGUAUCGUUGCGUUGCUCGACGCCAUUUACGACUGGCUGGACUCCCUUCCAUUCUUAUAUCCAGACGUCGUCUCUAAUCAAACUAUCGGAUCGUCAUAUUUGGGCAAGGAUCUCAAACUCGUCCGAUUCAAUAAAGAGUCGGGACAGCCGAAAAUGGCAGCCUUCAUCGACGCAAGCAUCCACCCAAGGGAAUGGAUCACGUUAGCCGCUUUGACUUGGAUCAUGAACGAACUCCUUACGAAUCCCGCCCAUGAGAGAAUCCUGGAUGAAUACGAUCUCCACUUCCUCCCUAUCGUGAACCCUGACGGCUUGGAAUACACCGAGUCUAUUGUGAGCUCUUGCAGAGAAUUUCCAUCUGCUUGCUUUCAUUUCAGUUUUGGAUCUGUCGAUCGGUUAUGGCGGAAGACAGUGAGCUACUAUGGCUCCCCCUUUGGCUGCAUUGGAGCCGAUGCUAAUCGGAACUUCGACUUUCAUUGGAAUGCUAGAAGUCGUGAUUGUGGCGGUCAAGAAUGCUUUGUGCGCGUCAAAAUCAGCUGUGUUCACUGGUUCCUUUCGUCUGCGGUUGCAGAGGGCGGAUCAAGCGAAGACAUGUGUUCAGAUAUGUAUCAUGGACCUACUCCAGCCAGUGAAGCGGAGACGGCGGCAUUGUCUGAUUACAUCCUGGACAACAUGUCCCAAUUCGACUUCAAACUGUUUCUUAACCUUCAUUCCUUUGCCCAGCUGGUUCUCUUCCCAUGGAGUUUCUCGGAGACUCACACCGACGACUAUGAUGAACUCGUGAGAUUUUCUUCUUCAGAGUUCGUAAAUGCCCAACAUCAUAUGCACGUGAGCGGCUAUAAAUGCGUGAUGUUUUUGUUUGUGCAGAUGGAAGUGGCUGAUAUACUCGCAAGCGCCCUCGAGGAACGACAUGGCACAGAAUUCAUUUCAGGCACUGCUCCAGAUACCCUUUAUGAAGUUGCAGGAUUCCUCGCUAUUGCAGUCAUAGCAAGUGGAACGUCGAUCGACUGGGCGAAGGGGGUCGCUGGCAUCAAGUACUCGUAUGGCAUCGAGAUGAGAGACACGGGAGUCUGGGGAUUGCUCCUUCCUCCUGAUCAGAUCAUUCCAUCCGGAGAAGAAACCCUCGACGGCUUAAUUGCCUUGCUUGACGCCGUCAGGGAACGGUCCCUC